GUCGCAGCCUUCACAUGCUUUAAGUGAGUAAUCCUGGAAUCCGUGACUCUUUGCUCGCCUCUCAGACAUUAAAACAUAGAUGUUCCGCACAUCGCAACGGCUCCUGUUACAUAUAGGAUUAAUAUUGUGUCACUGCGCACUCUGCCUCAAAUGCUCCAUCCCUCCCUCGACUCACAGGAGCUAUUUGGUCUCUGCAUGCGGCACAGCACAAAAUAUGUGCCGCACCAGGGUACCUGAAGUGCCAGUCCUUCUACAUGAACUUGAAGCGAGGAGAAUAUCACCUGCCCUGUUCAUUAGGUCUCUAACUUGUGUGAUUGACAGCGUGGUUCUUUAGCGAUAACUCUGAUGCUAUAUCUUCGGAAUCUGCAAACGAGUUAUCCGAAGUUGUAGCUCCUUCGCUCCCGAUGAAGAGGGCUGAAGAAUGUGCGCCGUUAAACGUGUCGACGUGCUUUGCAGAGGGUCCAUAGAGGGAUGAAAAGAAAAUAGACAUUGACUGGUGUAGCUAGUGAUAUGUCCCUAUGAUGAACAAAACAAUGAAGGAAUAGUUAUGAAUUUGCACAAUCUGAUUUGGGA